GAGUUAAUUCCUUGAGUACCCAUAAAAAUGGUUUGCGAUCCGAACCUCAUCCUCUACACCUGCAUUGCCAGAGGGACCACGAUACUCGCCAGAUUCACCAGAGAACCCGAUCUCGAACCUUUAGCUAUAAAAUGCAUUGAGAAAUCUCCACCUCACCACUCCAUGUUCUUUCAUACCAUUAGAAGCCGAACCUACACGUUCUUGAUCCAAGACCCUUUUGUGUAUUUUGCUGUAUUCGAUGAGGAUUUGGCACAAUCAGAUGGUCUCUGGUUCCUAAAGCACCUAAAAGGCUCUUUCGAGGAGAUUGUCGAAGGCGGGGCUUUAAAAGGAUUGGAUAAUAUUAACUCUCUUUGCCUUCAAAGGCAAUGCGAUUCCAUAUUUCGCGGAACAACGACGUUGAAUUUGAGCAUGGUGAAUGUUUCUCCCGGGACUGAACCCAAGGUUAGUCGGAAUACGAGCUUGGACUCUGUCAAAGAGAUGAAGAUGGUCAUUACAACGCUGCUUGGCUCAAAUCCAUGCAAAAGCUUGAAGAAAAAGAAGAAGAAGAAGAAGAUGAAUGGAGAUGCUAAAGGUGACGAUGUAUUGCAGAAUAUGGUGUAUGUCGCUCAUGAUAUUAAUGGUGUGUACAAGGAUUUUUCGUUGCCAGUUCAAAAGGGCUUCGCAAAUGAUCGGCAAAAGGCAAAACAACUUUGGAGAAAACAUGUUUGGUUUGUGUUGUUGCUGGACUUGUUUGUGUGCUCGGUUUUGUUCGUGAUAUGGUUGUGGGUAUGCCAAGGGUUCAAGUGCAUUGAAGGUUGAACUAGGGUUUUUUUUUAAGCUCGUUUUUCUUGU